AUGUCCACCCUUUUUUUGAUUGGAAUACACGAGAUUGAAAAGUCUCAAACAAUUGUACGGAAUGAACACUAUUUUGAUAGAGUGAUUGAGCUUCAAGAUAUGGAUUCUCUAAUGAUAACUUUGUACAAGGACAGAGUUUCACCCUUUCCGAACGCCCAUAACUAUGAAACAGGUGUAUCUUUAGUUCUUUAUGAUCCUUCAAAAUUCCAAUUAACUGUGCGACAAUUAGAUGUUUUGUUCAAGCGAUUUUUCCCAUCUUUCAAUAUUUCUGCGAUAGAUCAUACACAAGAGGAAAACUUGCAACGCCUUGAGUGCGUCGAGCGUGAAAAUAACAUCUGUCGUAAUAGAAUAACAAGAAUUAACCACUGGAUGUACCACCAUCAUGAUGACACUCCAGAAGGUAUUAACAAAAACAGCUAUAGUACUGUAAAUGGGAAUUCUGUUCCCACUCAAGCAUGCGAAGCAAACAUUUACACUUUAUUAUUGCAUUUGAAUGAUGCCAAGGCACAACAUUUACAAAAGGCAUCUGUGCCAAGGCUGAUUCGCAACAUCGAGUUUAUGUCUUUUUUAUCAGAUCCAAUAGAAAAAAUUUCUCAAGACGGAUCACAUUAUUGGAACAUUUUAUCAACUUGGGACUUCUGUGCUUUAUCAUUAAGCACUCAAGAAUUGAUUUGGUGCGGGUUCACGCUUAUCAAAAAGUUAUCUAAGGAUGCGAAAGUGCUCAUCGCAGACAAUAAGUUACUGCUACUAUUAUUUACUUUGGAAUCAUCCUAUCAUCAAGUUAACAAAUUUCACAAUUUUAGACAUGCCAUCGAUGUCAUGCAAGCCACAUGGCGAUUGUGUACAUACCUUCUUAAAGAUGAUCCUGUUCAAACUUUACUGUUGUGUAUGGCUGCCAUAGGUCAUGAUGUCGGUCAUCCUGGGACUAACAAUCAACUAUUGUGUAACUGUGAAUCAGAAGUUGCCCAAAAUUUCAAGAAUGUCUCCAUCUUGGAAAAUUUCCACAGGGAAUUAUUUCAGCAAUUAUUAUCAGAGCAUUGGCCUCAAUUACUAUCUAUCUCAAAAAAAAAAUUCAAUUUUAUUUCAGAAGCCAUUUUGGCCACAGAUAUGGCAUUACAUUCUCAAUAUGAGGAUCGAUUAAUGCAUGAAAAACCAAUGAAACAAAUUACUUUGAUAUCUCUAAUUAUUAAAGCUGCUGACAUCUCUAACGUGACAAGACCCUUGUCAAUAUCAGCACGUUGGGCAUACCUAAUCACAUUGGAGUUUAAUGAUUGUGCGCUUUUGGAAUCAUUUCAUAAAGCACACCGUCCAGAACAAGACUGUUUUGGCGAUUCAUACAAGAACGUUGAAUCUCCGAAGGAAGAUUUGGAAUCUAUUCAAAAUAUUUUGAUGAACGUAACCAACCCAGAUGAUAUUAUCCAGGACCAUCCAUAUAUUCCAAAUGGUCAAAUAUUUUUCAUUAAUACGUUUGCAGAAGUAUUUUUCAACGCAUUAAGUCAGAAAUUCUCAGGAUUAAAAUUUUUAAGUGAUAAUGUCAGAAUCAAUAAAGAAUACUGGAUGAAACACAAGAAACCGCAAUAG